AUGUUAAAGUUGAUGUUUUUGCUUCUUCCAUUGUUUUCACAGCAUGUCGCAUACUGUAUAAGUACACUUGAUUUCGUUUUCGAUCCAUCUCAACAAAAGCGGGGAGUAUUAUGUUGUAGAUGCUGAAAAUAUCUUGGAAGGUCGCGGCUUACACAAAUUCAAACUGUACUACUACUACGAAUACCCAUCACAUUUGUGUUGCAUAAAAAAGAGUAGAUAAGAGCCAAUGUCAAAAAUUAAAAUGUAUAGAUACCUUUCAACAUUUCAUCUGAAUAGCUAAAUAAAUUAGAUACUGAAAUUCACGGCCGAUUACGAUGCAUGUGAAGAGUUCGGAGGCCAUAGCCGUUGCGUUUUACGUUUACCAAUGUGUCCAUACAAUAUACCAUUUCCAAUGUUGCCAGCAGUAAUCAAAAAAUAGCAGAUAAGCAAAACGAAGUGUGAAUCAAUUCGGAAAAUGAAGCUGAGGGGAACCACUUCGCAUUGAGAUUGACGACUCACUCAUUUGAAAAAUUUUUCGAAAUGCUUCCUCCAUUAUGUCAUUGAUUGUUUCUGUCAAUAUUUUGGUGGGUACAAAAAGAAGUCACUGUAUCUGUGUCCGAAAGAAAAUGCUGUUGAGAAGCAACCACCAGCG